ACAGAGACAUACACACAAAAAAGAGACAGAGAGAGAGACAGACAGAGAAACAGAGGGUCACAGAGAGAGGGCCAUGGCGAUCCCCAUCGACCCAGCAGAGGAGCCCCGCAUUUACCAGCAGACGCUGCUGCAGGAGGGUCUGCGGGACCUGCUGGAGAGCGGUAAGCUGGUGGACUGCGUGCUCAAGGUGAAGGGCCGGGAGCUGCCGUGUCACAGCCUGGUGCUGGCGGCCUGUAGCCCGUACUUCAGAGCGCGGCUGCUGGCGGAGGCGGGCCCAGGCCCAGGGCCGAGGAGGGAGCUGGUGCUGGACGACGAGGAGCUGGAGCCGGAGCUGGUCGAGGCCUUGCUGCGUUACCUGUACAGCUCCGAGCUGUCGCUCAGCGACGCCAACGUGAAGGAGGUGCUGUCGACCGCCAGCCUGCUGCAGAUCCCGUCCGUCUUCACCGUCUGCGUGUCGUUCCUGCACCAGCGGCUGGGCCUCAGUAACUGCCUGGCCGUCUUCAGGCUCGGCCUGAUGCUCGACUGCCCGCGCCUCGCCGUCGCCGCCCGGGACCUGGCGUGUGAGCACUUCCCGCUGGUGAGCAAGGACCCCGACUUCCUGGGCCUCAGCGCCGCCGAGCUCAGCGCCAUCGCCUCCAGCGACUCCCUCAACGUCGAGCGCGAGGAGCUGGUCUUCGAGGCGUUGAUGGCCUGGGCCUCCCGCCAGGCCUCCCCCGCCAAGGCCUUGGCCCAGCUCCUCGACUGCGUCCGCUUCCUCCUGCUGCCCCGCGGCUACCUGGAGCAGCAGGUCCAGGCCCACCCCCUCCUCAGCUCCAGCCCGGAGCUCCUCCAGAAGAUCCAGCAGGUCAAGGAUGCCCGCAGCAGGGAGGAGGAAGAGGGAGAGGAGAAGGGCAAGAAGACCACCAACAAGGAGGUCCAGGCCACCAGCCCUGGCAGCCAAGAGGCCAAAGAGGAGGAGGAGAAGGAGGAGGAGCAGUUGCCCCCCAGCAUCCUGAACAAAACCCCCAGAUUUGGCAUGUUUGUCAGGGACCUCAUCUGCAUGAUCAACGACGAGGCCACCGUGGCCUACGACCCCACCACCAACGAGUGCUACUUCGCCUCGGUCUCCUCAAAAAUCCCCAAGAACCACUCCAGCGUGGUGACCAAGCAGAACCAGAUCUUUGUGGCCGGCGGCCUAUUCUACGAUGAGGGCAAUAAGGAGAACCCACUGCACUCCUACUUCCUGCAGGGAGGAGCAUCCAGCACAUUUAAAUGGGGAGAAUCAGAUCCACUUCCAUACGAAGUGUACGGCCAUUCUGUGGUCUCUCACAACGAACGGGUGUACGUAAUAGGAGGCAAAGGAAAAGAUAAGUUCCUUUCUCUGCACUGCAGGUGGGAAGAAAUGGCAGAGUUCCCUCAGGAACGUAGCUCUCUGAGCCUCGUCACCGUAUCCAAUCAUCUGUACGCCAUUGCUGGAUUUACUAUGGUACAGAGUGAAUCUGGAGAUUUUGUCCCAACUGAAAUUAACGACAUUUGGAAGUAUGACGACGACAAGAAGGAAUGGUUUGGUAUUCUCAGAGAGAUUCCCUACGCUUCAACAGCAACCUUCCUCCCUGUCCGACUAAAUAUUUUGCGUAUGAGCAAGUUAUAAGGCCAA